GCUUUUGCCUUGGGCGCCUAAGUCUUGGUCUUCGGAUGAUUUAAGACAAAGAGGUUCUCAUUUUAGUGCAUCGGGGGUCAAGUCAUUCCCCAAAAGCAGCAUUGUUCUUAUCCCUCUGCAUCCUCUUCCUUUUUACAUGUACCCUCCUACCUUGUUUUGCUCCAAACACCAUCUCCCUUUGGAUGGAUCUUACCAUGUCGUGUUCCUCUCUCUCCUUGCUCUUCCUCAUCUCCCUCCAUAUUUACUUCCUGGUGCCAGCUUCCGGCUACUUCCAGCCGUUCCUAGAUUGCGAUCCUUUUCCUUGCGGAGAUCAACAAAUCAGCUAUCCUUUCUGGCAUAAAGAGCAAGAAAGUCACUGUGGGUAUCCAGGCUACGAGCUCGGCUGUGACAGGGAUAACCUGAUCCUGUCUAUGAUGUCCGAGGAAUAUCGUGUGAUCCGCAUGAAUUUGAGCACGCAGAUCCUUGAGGUGGCGAGGACGGAUUUAUGGGAAGAUAUAUGUCUUCAAACAUAUAAAGAUACCACUUUAGACUUGAAUCUCUUCAACUACACUUCCAAUGACCUCAAUUUCACCGUACUCUACUAUUGCGACUUGUGGAAGACGACUCCACCUUAUCAGUUUUCUUGCCCCGAGUCUCAAAAUGGCCACUUUUUUCUCAGUGUGGACCUUGCAAAGCUAAUACCCAAGCCAUGCAGUUCGCUUGUUCAUGUCCCGAUUUCAAGAAGCGCAGCUCGUGAUCUACCACCACCUUUCGCGGGAGGGGAUGAUGCUGAUGCCAUUAGUGAGGUCCUGAAGAAGGGCUUUGAGAUCACCUGGAAUGCCAACACAUCGCUGUGUGAAAAUUGCACCAAAUCGGGGGGAAGAUGCGGGUAUAAUAUAACAAGGCAAGAAUUCAAUUGUUUUUGCCCUGAUGGAGCCUAUUUUACGACCUGCGACGAACUGCCAAUACCGGAAAGCGUCUCUUCGGGGAAACCAGGCAUUUUGGGGACAAAAGCUAUCAUAGGAAUAGCUGCAAUGGGAACAGGAAUUGGGAUCGCCCUUAUUUUAAUGAUUUCCUUCAGGAAGAAACCAAUGAUCAGAAGAAUUAUGGCUUUGAUAAAGCAGAGGAGCGAAAAUUUCGAUGGCGAAAUGAAAAUCAGGGGACUUGUCUCUUCGAGAAGAUACACCUACAAAGACAUCAAGAGGAUGACCAACUCUUUCGAAGAAAAGUUAGGCCAGGGAGGCUAUGGUUGCGUGUACAAAGACAAGCUUUGAGAUGGUCAACUUGUGGCGGUGAAGUUUCUAAAGAAGCUAAAAGGCAAUGCUGAAGAAUUUUUCAAUGAAGUUGCAAGCAUAAGCACAACUUCUCAUGUCAAUGUUGUUAGCCUCCUGGGAUUCUGUUUUGAAGGAAGCA